AUGGAAUACCUCCACAGAGGUCUGCAAAAACUCAAGGAUAAUCCAGGUUUUAAGUUCCAUUCAAAAUGCAAGAAGAUGAAUAUAAUUAACCUGAGUUUUGCAGACGACUUGCUCUUGUUUGCCAAAGCUGACCUGAAGUCUAUUAGUAUAUUAAUGGAAGCCUUUAAAAGAUUUGCUAAGUCAACAGGAUUAACAGCUAAUAUGCAGAAGUGUAAAAUCUACUAUGGAAAUGUGGACAUACCUACUAAAGCUUUGAUUUCGCAUAUCAUAGAAUUUACAGAAGGAAGCCUUCCGUUCAGGUACUUAGGUAUCCCCCUCUCGAGUAAAAAAUUAUCUACUGCAAAUUGUCUGGCUCUGGUGGAGAAAAUGACAGGAAAAGUAAAGAAAUGGACCAAUCACUUGUUAAGCUUUGCAGGGAGACUCCAAUUAGUGAAGAGUGUAUUGUUUGCGAUCACUAACUAUUGGAUGCAGAGUGUGCCGUUGCCAAAGAAAAUUCUCCAUGAUGCGGAAGCUGUGUGUCGGUCAUUUCUCUGGUCAGGAGGUGAUAAGAUUACCCGCAAAUCUCCGAUUGCCUGGGAUCAAGCUUACAGCCCCAAAAACAAAGGAGGUUUAAACGUGAUUGACAUAAAG